CUGGUUCACACGAAUCUUUGGGUGGGGAGGCCACGACGACGACGGACCCUCUGCUGCAUCUCGCUGCACACACGCGUCUUGCCGAUGCUAAAGCAAGGGUCGACCGUCCGCGACUUUGCGUCAGCCUUUGAGCAUGAGCGGCAGGCGUUGGUAAAAGAUCUCGAGUCGAUGCGUCUACAACUCGUUCGCAAGGACGACCAGAGCAAGAAGAACGCGGCGACGGCAAGCGCGCAGAUGAUUGCGCUCAAGAAGGAGCUCAGCGACAUGCAGAGCCAACGCGUCCUCGUUGAGAAGGAAUGCGACUUGUACCAGCAAAAGUGCAAAGACCUCACGACGCUGCUCGAGACAUCGUACGAUCAGCAUGAAGAAGACCAGACCAAGAUCGUCAAGCUCACGGAAAACCUUAAGCGCCUCAAGAAAAAGUACGACGACGGCCUCGACAUGGCCCGCAAGGAAGCCACGAUAUCGGUCAUGAACACCCACGAAGAGCGCAAGUCGCUCAAAGUCAAUGCCGAGCGGCUGCGGUGCAAGCUGAACAGCGAGCGAAAGGAAUGGAUGGACACCAAGCAGUCCCUCCUCGAAUCGGUCGACGAGCACCGCGCGCGAACAGAGUGCCUCGAGCGCGAACUGCGCGAAGCCAAGUUGAGCGAGAAGAGCUACCGCCUUGGCCAGGAGCAACUGCACGCUGAAAUCCGGAGCUUGAAACACGACUUGGCGGCAGCCGCCACCGACUGCAGCCUCGCCAAAAUCGCCAUCGAAAAGUACAAAAGUGAGAUCUGCCGCGUCGUCGAAGAGACGCGCGCGCAACGCGACAGCGACCAAAUGCUGCUCGAACGGCUCCACAUGGCCCAGGAAGAUGCGGUCAUGGGCUGGCGAAGUCGUACGGCGCUUUACCACGAGAACUGCACGCUCAAGCAAAACUUGUACGCAGCGCAGCAGAAAUACGAAGCCCUGGUGGCGAAACGAAAGGAAGAAAAGGCGGCGAGCAAUAUGCUUACGGAGGAGCUGUCCGACGUGCGGCGGGACACCAAGCGCAUGUCCAUGGCAUGGGAGGUGCAGUCCGUGGAGCAGAUGCAGCGGUUGAAAAGAAGCCACACGGAAGCAAUCGAUCUGCUCAAGGAGCGCCAUGGGGCUGAGUUGCUCCAGCUGCAAGUCGACAGCGAGCGCAAGCUCGCCAAGGCCGAAGCAGCCCAUCGUGUCAUGCUGGACGAGCUCAAGUCCGCGCAUUCCGACCAAGUCCAAGCAGCCCGAGAGAUCGUGGAGAAGCAGAUGCACACUGCGGUGAACCAAGUCCAAGUGCUGUGCGAAGCCACACAGCACAAGCUGCUCAGUGUGACCAAAGAGAAGGAAGGUGCGGAGAUGCAGGUCCAUGAGUUGCAGCUAGAGAUGGACGCGUGGCGCGACAAGGAGAAAAAGUUGAUUCAAAUCAUGGAACAUGCUCAGCGCAUGAACGCGAAUGUCGAAGAGCGCCACUUGUCCCUCGAAUGCAAACACUUGGACGCUCAAAAGCAAGUCGAAGAGCUGACGGCAAGUAUCAAAAGCUUGCAGUCCACGAUCGCAAACCAGCGCGACUUGAUCGACGAGCUCGAGCGGUCCCGCCAGGUCAAGGCGGACGAAUACCUUCGAGAACUCGGGGGAUACGAGACUGAAAAGCUCGAGUGCAUGCGGCGGAUUGCGCACUUGGAAGAGCAGCAUUCGCGAGACGUCCUGGCUUUGGAAGUGAUCAAGCGGAACCAAGACAACACGGUCAAGCAGAUCACGCAGGCGCAGAUGAGUGCGAAUCGUUUGAUCGAGGAACAAGCGAAAACCAUUGAAGAUUUGCUCGAGUCGCGCAUGAAUGAGCCACACGAGGCCGUCGACUCCGCCUCUCCGUGCCGUCGACCGCAAUGCCAGGCCAUGGCCGACGCGUUGCGCGACCUGCAGUCCAACAACCCCAAAUCGUCGUCUGCGCUUCACGUGAACGAGCUCCAAACCCUGCUAAAACAGACCAACCAUCACGUGAGUGUGUUGGAGCGCGAGAAGGAGAGGCUGGCGGCGCUCGUGGACGAGCAAGCCGUGACCAUUCACGAGCUCACAAUGCAAGACGACGACGGGGGCAGCGACACCAGUGCCAAGCACGGUGGCCGCCCUGAAGUGGACAAGUGGAACGACCUGUCAUUCGAGAACGUGUAGAUAUGGGUACAUCCGGAUAAUAUACGAUGGUGAUUGGUCC